AUGCUUUUCCUGGAUGAUUUCCUAGAAAUGUUGGAUGAGCUCCCUGCCGAAUUGCGUGAGCGAUGUACGGAAAUGCGUCAGAUAGACAUGCAGGUUGAGGCCGGCCUUGCGCAAAAUCGGCAGGCUUUGAUUGAGUUUUUCGACUGUGGAGGACAGCUUACUGAAGAACAAAAGCAGCAUCGCUAUCAGGAGCUCCAAAAGGAAUACAAUCGUCUUCGAGUUUUGGGUGAAAUGAAAGUCUCCCUCGCUGAAAGAAUGCAAGAAGUCCUGGAAACGUAUAUGCAAUACCUAGAUAAAGAAAAAACCCAUUUUAAAUAUGAGCUCGAAGCGGAUAAUCCAGGAAUAACAGAAGUCAUUGAGACCCGUUUUGCAAAUUACUGUGAGUCGCUGAUAGCACUACGAAAGGAACGAAAAAGAAAGCUGACCAACGGUUCAGUUGAAAAUUUUGCCGAACCUCAAGCAAAAAUGCCCAGAGUGAGCACCGAUGGAAAUACUUUGAGCAACUAUAUUCGUACCGAAUUCACUCUCGGCGAAGAGGAGUUAGAAUCUCCAAUGGUGUCUGGUGCCGGCCCGGUGAGGAGCAAAAAAACUCCUGCAGACGAAUAUAAUACUAUGAGGCGCCGUUCAACCUCGGUUGGCUUAAAAACAUCACAAUCAGCUCCAUCAGCAGUGAAUGCGAAUGCUGUCUCUCCAGCCGUAAGUGAGAAAAGUUGGACUCCUCUUUCCAGUCUUCCUGUUAUGGAGGAACCUCCUUCUUCGGCUCUGACGCCCACGAGUUUGUGUUCAACCGCUCAGAUAACCCCAUCUACAACACCUACCACUAUGCCUACGUUUGUGGGUCCAGAGAGCCGUCAUGGAAGACCGAGAAACGUCAGCGCCAUCAUUAUCAUCGCAGCAUCGACGCCCCCCAUACUGCUGAUGUUAGCACGGAGGAAGAUGACGAAAGUAUGUUUGGAGAGCAGUUCAUCACACAGAGUGAUGACGUGCUGUAUUACAGUACCAAUUUCCGAAGAAGACGACGACGAAGGGGACGAUUCGAAACGGAAAUGGUGUUUUUGUAAUGAGAAAAGCUAUGGAGAUAUGGUAGCUUGUGAUAAUAAAGCGUGCCCUUAUCAGUGGUUCCACUAUCCAUGUGUAAAUAUAUCAGCUACUCCAAAAGGUCGAUGGUAUUGCCCUCACUGUGUGGAUGAACGUGCAAGAAGAAGUGAAUCGGGAGAUAUUGGCGCUGUUUCUGCCACUACUGUUUUAUGA